AUGCGAAAUAACGGUUUCCAUAAAAACCAAAAAAACGCAAAAUUAGAGAUGGGCAUAAUCCCAUACGGUGAGACCAAUAAAUCAGAAGACUCUCUGAGCAUAAGGAAUGAAGAUGACUCCACGCAGUAUACCUUAAUGGGCACACAGGACACCCAGGACACAAGCAGUUCAUCAGACAGUAUAUUCAACAGCAGUACACAUGAAGAACAAGACAGUACACCGGAAAGGUUCACUCGGUGCAUACACAUAGAAGGAGAUAUCCUACUGAAUAAAAAGUGUACAGUUAACUUAUUCACAGGUACAGGAUUAAUCUACUGGUGUACUGACUGGCAGGCAGUUGAUAAGAUAAAGGAUGAGGAGAUAGAUGGGAUAUCCAUAAACGGAUCGGGAUAUUCUUCUGUUGAUGUCCCUGUACAAAUAUACUGUAAGAACAGUGAGAAUAAAUCAGUGACUAAGAGUAUUCUAGUAGGGAUAAUCUCUUAG